AUGGCCACCCUCUCUGGCUUCCUCGAUACAUCGUCAAUGCCGAUGUUACACGCCAGAGAUAUUGCUGCUGUGAUAUGUACAGCUUCUUUGGUGCGCCGUAUUGCCAACCCGUCGGAUCUCGGUGUAGGCGGCCAGACACACCCAGCAGAAUUCAUGCUGGCAUCGACGACACGUCAUAUGAUCGCAACCAUGAGUCUUCUGAAUCCGCCAGCCGCAGGUUCCGCCAGGGCACUUCUUGCUGACGGUAUCGAGCAUAGCCUCGGUGGCGCGCAUUUCUUCGUCUCGGCGAUUUUGAUCGCGGACUUCCGCCUCGCGUUUCGCUUUCGCCAGUGCCUCCGCUGCCCGCUUCUCCUUGAGAGCAUGUGCGUCAUGCUCUCGUUGCUCGGCGAUCUGGCGCUCGCGCGCUUCCUCCUCCCGCUGUCUCGCUUCAUCGAUAGCCUGCUGACCACGGACGCGAUGGUCGAACUGCGCACAGGUCUCCCCGUCGUGCCAUGCACGUUGAUGUCGGACGCAUUGCUUGUGAUCGCAGGGAUGGCAAAUCAUGAAUUCAUUCUCAUCCCGAGACAGCUGACCGGCAUUGCAACCGGCGGCGAGGCACCAAUUGAACUCGGACUCUUGCGCCAGCGCAUUGCGGGUCAGGAUGCGGUCGUAGGCGGCAAAGGUCUCCGCCGAUGCGCCGCGUCGGACAUCGUUGAAUGA